CUAGUAAAAAUUAUCAAUAACAAAAAUUAUCAUUACUACUUUGUUGGAAUACCUUUUAACAAAAAAUUAUGAGCACAGGAAGACGCAGUUUGCCUCAAAAUAAAGCCAACAGUUCUUUCAGUGUAUCGACUGUUGGUGCAAGCACUAGCCAACCUCAAAAACACUCUCUGGUUAAAACUGUUAGCAAAAAUUCAAGUUCAUUUAAAUUCACACCAGGAUCCCCGAUGCCGUCGGGGAAGAGUAAGAAUACCAAGUCUAUCCGGCUAAGUGAUCUGAUGGCAGCCAUGUAUCCAGGUCUUAAAGUUGGCCAUAAGAACUGCACUGAAAAACUGGAACUUGUUCCCAAAACCAUGGGAUGGCUUUGGAAUUCAGAGGACACGGCUACAGGGGAACCCUUUCCUCACGGAUGGCGUCCAGGGGCUAUAGCUUUGGGUGUGAGAAAGAAAACAUUGAGAACCCGUCUAAUGUCAGAACCGCUCUAUACAACACCGACAGGAUUCAAGGGGAAGAAAUCUAAAAAGAAACCCGGAACUGCAGAUGCACCGAGUACAACCAAACAAUCAAAAAGUCGGACCUCCAGCAUAGAAAUAGAUGUACCCCCGACCUUGUGUGUUCAUAAAGAACACGGUGUAUAUCAUGUCAAGAUGAGGCCAAUAAAAGGCAAUGGGAAAGACCCAAGUGCAGAAGAACCACCUGUUCAGUUUAAAAUUGCGGAAUCUGUAAAUUCUUGCUCCCAAGAAACUAAUUCAUCCUCAUCUUCACUUAAAUUAGAAUAUUUGUGCACAGGCGCACUGAGAAAACCAAUUGUGAAGCCGGAAAUAGUAGAGAUGGGAACCCAAUGGGACACUUCAGACUUUGAAAAGAAGGAAAUCAUCAAGGAAAAAAAUGUGAAUGAGAGUAAGGAGGACAAAUCUCUGAAAAAGGGGAAGAAGAAGAUAUAAGUUGUAAAGUAAGGAAUAAAUUACAAGCACUAUAUA